AGCUUAUCCAGAGUGCACAGGAGAAUAUUUUACCUGCCCCAGUGGUCAUUGCAUUCAGCAGCAUUGGCUCUGUGAUGGAGAUGAUGACUGUGGAGAUAAUGCUGAUGAAAGAGGAUGUGAAAGGGGGGAACAGAAAAUCUGUUCACCAAGGCAGUGGUCUUGUCCAAAUUCCCAACAGUGUAUCCCUCUCAGCAAACUUUGUGAUGGGAUCCUGGACUGUUCCUUUGGUGAAGAUGAAACUAAUACUACGGCUGGAAAAAACUGCAGUGUAAAUAACUGUGCUGCUUUAAGCUGUGAAUAUCACUGCCAUUCUUCCCCAUCAGGUGGGGUCUGCUUUUGCCCAUCAGGAUAUGUAGUGGACACUGAUGGUCGCUCCUGUGUUGACUUUGAUGAAUGUAAUGUUUGGGGAGCUUGUGACCAGCUGUGUGAAGACGAGUAGGAAGCCAUGCAUGUUCCUGUGUGCAGGGCAUACGUCCUGGAGCACCACAAGCACUGCCGAGCAAAUGCCUCAUCUGGAAUUCCUUCCAUUAUCUUCUCAAAUGGUCGUGAUUUGCUGAUUGGUGAUGUUCAUGGAAGGAAUCUACGGAUUCUUGUACAAUCUUACAAUCGUGGUAUUGCUGUUGGUGUGGAUUUCCACUACUAUCUGGGCAAGAUCUUUUGGACAGAUACCAUUCAGAAUAAGCUUUUCUCUGUAGAUCUCAGUGGCACUAGAAUUCAGGAAAUCUUAAAUGUUUCCAUUGACACUCCUGAAAACCUAGCUGUGGACUGGGUGAACAAUAAAUUGUAUGUGGUGGAGACCAGUAUUAACCGAAUUGAAGUAGCUGAUCUGGAUGGAAGUAACCGUAUAACAUUAAUUGGAGAAAACCUGGGAAAUCCUCGAGGUAUUGCUGUUGACCCCACUGUAGGCUAUUUAUUCUUCUCUGACUGGAAUGAUGAUUCUGGUGCCCCUAAACUGGAACGUGCUUUCAUGGAUGGAACCCAUCGUUUUGAAUUGGUCAGGACCAAGCUGGGUUGGCCUGGUGGAAUAACAUUGGACAUUAUUACAAAAAGACUUUAUUGGGUGGAUAGCCGUUAUGAUUACAUAGAAACUGUAACAUAUGAUGGACUUGAAAGGAAAACCAUUGUGAGUGGAGGUAUGGCAGUUCCCCAUCCUUAUGGAGUAACUAAUUUUGAAGAUAAAUUAUUCUAUACUGACUGGACUAAGAUGGCUGUUAUGAGAGUCAAUAAGUCUAUAGACAAUGACCCACAAAUUAUCUAUCAGUCUUCACUGAAACCAUAUGGAGUGACAAUAUAUCAUGCAUUCAGACAGCCAUUUGUGAGGAAUCCAUGUAGUAAUAAUAAUGGUGGAUGUGAGCAUAUAUGCAUCCUCAGUCAUGGAACAGACAAUCUAGGCCUGGGCUAUCGAUGCAGAUGCAGGCUGGGUUUUGAUCUUCACCGUGAUCAGAAACAUUGCUAUGUUGUGACCCAGUUCCUACUAUUUUCAUCCCAGCUGGCUGUUCGUGGAAUCCCUUUCAAUGUCUCCACACAAGAAGAUAUCAUCUUGCCUGUGACAGGAAACCCCUCUUAUUUUGUAGGAAUUGAUUUUGAUGCAGCAGAGCAGAUGGUCUUUUUUUCUGAUACAAGGAAUGACCUGAUUUGUAAACAGAAAAUUGAUGGAACAGGUCGGGAAGUUCUUGCUGCCAAUAGAGUGGAUGGAGUAGAAGAUCUGGCUUUUGACUGGAUUUCGAGGAAUCUUUAUUGGACUGAUGCACGCUAUAGCAGCAUUUCUGUCCUGCGACUGGCUGAUAAAUCCAGGAGAGCAAUUGCUGAGAACCUGAACAAUCCUAGAUCUAUUGUUGUGCAUCCAUUGAUGGGGUACAUCUUCUGGACAGACUGGUACCGGCCUGCAAAAGUCAUGAGAGCCUGGGCUGAUGGAUCAAAUGCAGUGCCAAUAGUUAGUACAACACUAGGCUGGCCAAAUGGCCUUGCCAUUGAUUGGAGUUAUUUACGUCUCUAUUGGGUGGAUGCCUUUUUUGAUAAAAUUGAGCACAGUUCCUUCAGUGGUUCAGACAGACAGACCCUCAGUCGAAUUAGCCAAAUGUCACACCCUUUUGGUCUUACAGUAUUUGGCGAUUAUGCAUAUUUUACAGACUGGAGGUUGAAUGGAAUUGUCCGUGUGCAGAAAGUAGAGGGUGGUGGGAUGUCUGUUAUCAGAAGAGGCAUUGACAACAUUAUGCAUGUAAAAUCCUUUGAUGCCUCUAUCCAGACUGGCUCUAACUCCUGUAACAAACCAACGAACCCCAACGGAGAUUGCAGUCAUUUUUGCUUUCCGACACCCAAUUUUCAGAGAGUCUGUGGCUGCCCCUAUGGAAUGAAACGGGACUCCAACAACCUGAACUGCAUUGAAGAUCCAUCCGGUGAACCACCCAAACAACAGUGUGCCAUCUUUUCUUUCACUUGUGCCAAUGGAAAAUGUGUGCCAGAUUACAAUCACUGUGAUGGAGUUAAUGACUGCCUCGAUAAUAGCGAUGAAGUAAAUUGUGGAACUUUAAAUACUACAUGCUCUUCAUCUGCCUUUACGUGUUCAAAUCGCCAAUGCAUUCCACACUACUGGAGAUGUGAUGGACAAAAUGACUGUUCCGAUGCAAGUGAUGAACAGGGAUGCCCAACCCAUGGUCCCAGCACUUGUGCUGCAAAUUACUUUACCUGUGCUAAUUCUUAUUGUAUCCCUAAGAGAUGGGUUUGUGACACGGACAAUGAUUGUGGAGAUGGCUCAGAUGAACUGAGCUGUAAUUCCACCAGUUCCUGCCAGCCUGAACAGUUUUUAUGCCCAGAACAUCGGUGCAUUGACCCAGCUUAUGUAUGUGAUGGUGAUAAAGACUGCCUGGAUGGAUUGGAUGAACAAGGCUGUGUGUACAACUGCACUUCAUAUGAGUUUAAAUGUGCAAGUGGAGAGCAGUGCAUCAAUAUUUUCUACCACUGUGAUGGCGUUUUUGAUUGCCUUGAUGAAUCUGAUGAGGCAGGAUGUCCCACUCGGCCACCAGGAAUGUGUCACCAAAAUGAAUUCCAGUGCCAAAGUGAUGGUGCUUGUAUACCAUCAAACUGGGAAUGUGAUGGCCAUGCAGACUGUGCUGAAGGAUCAGAUGAACAUCUUAGCUGUUUACCAAAGAACUGUUCUGCAAACUACUUUCGAUGUGACAAUGGAAACUGUGUCUCCAUGGGCUGGCUAUGUGAUGGUGAUAAUGACUGCAGGGACAUGAGUGAUGAAAGAGACUGCCCAACACAACCAUUUCAAUGUUCCAGCAACCAGUGGCAGUGCUCAGGUCUCAGCGUCUGUCUGAAUUUGGAUAAGAUUUGUGACCAUACUCCUGACUGCCCAAAUGGUGCAGAUGAGUCUCCACUCUGCAAUACAGAGAGCUGCAAUGAAAACAAUGCAGGAUGCACACAUGGAUGUAUUCAGGGGCCUUUUGGUGCACAGUGCACUUGCCCAAGUGGCUAUCAGCUUACAAAUGAUUCUAAGACCUGUGAAGAUAUUGAUGAAUGUAAUCCACCAGGCAUUUGUAGCCAGAUAUGUUACAAUGAAAGAGGUUCUUUCAGGUGCACCUGUGAUGAAGGUUAUGCUUUAGAAGCUGAUCAAAGAACCUGUAAAGUUUCAGGUUCAACAGAUGUUCAGUUAAUGGUGGCAAGUCGAGGGCAGCUUGUUUCAGAAAACAUCAGUGUAUGGCCACUUGUCAUUCAAAGCGUGAUCCGUGAUGGGAGAAAUAUUGUUGCAAUUGAUUUUGAUUCUGAAACUGGUCGAAUUUAUUGGUCAGAUGUAACUCAGGACAAAGUUUGGAGUGCUUUUCAAAAUGGAACAGAUCGGAAAAUUAUAUUUGAUAGUGGAGUGACUGUCACAGAAAAUAUAGCUGUGGACUGGAUUGGCCGCAAUUUGUAUUGGGUAGACUACAUUCUUCAAACAAUUGAAGUUUCAAAACUGGAUGGCAGCCACAGAACUGUGUUACUCAGUGAUAAUAUCACAAAUCCCAGAGGAUUGGUAUUGGAUCCCAGAAAUGAUAUUCACCUAAUGUUCUGGACAGACUGGGGAAGAAAUCCACGAAUAGAAAAAGCCAGCAUGGAUGGCACAUUGCGAACUGUUUUAAUAAGCAACAAGAUCUACUGGCCCAAUGGUUUAAGUAUUGAUUAUCCAACCAAACUACUUUACUUUGCUGAUGCAUAUUUGGAUUUUAUUGAAUACUGUGACUAUGAUGGAAACAACAGGAGACAAAUUUUGGCAAGUGACUUAAUCUUGAGACACCCACAUGCCUUAACCAUUUUUGAAGAUUUUGUGUAUUGGACUGAUCGGCAUUCUAACCGUGUUGUUAGAGUAAAUAAGUGGCAUGGAAAGAAUCAGACUGUGAUGAUCAGUAAUAUAAUAGGACCACUUGGAAUUGCUGUCAUUCAUUCUGUAAGGCAACCACCUGCCUGGAAUCCAUGUCUCUCCAACCCCUGUAGCCAUUUGUGUCUGCUAUCUGCAUCACCACCUAAAUCUUAUUCAUGUGUCUGCCCUUCAGGCUGGAAACUGAUGGCAGAUAUGGAACACUGCAAAAAAGAUGAACAACCUUUCCUGAUUGUAGUGAGAAGCAACAUCAUCUUUGGCAUUUCCCUUAACCCUGACGACAAAACCAGUGAUGCCAUGGUUCCUAUAGCAGGAGUCCAGAAUGGUUUUGAUGUUGACUUUGAUGAAGAAAAUAUGAUGUAUUGGGUAGAGCAUCCAGGGGAAAUUCACCGUGUGAAGUCAGAUGGAACCAAUAGGACGGUGUUUGCUCCAGCUUCCAUUAUUGGUUCUCCUAAGGGUUUGGCUUUCGAUUGGAUCUCAAUGAACCUUUACUAUACCAACUUUGAUCAACAUUCCAUUGAGGUAGUAAAAGUGCAUGGUGAUGUCAAGUACAAAAAAACAAUACUAACAAACAAUGGGCAAAGGACUGGUGUUGGAGCACCUAUUGGUAUUGUGGUGAAUCCAGCCAAAGGGAAGUUAUACUGGACUGACCAAGGUACAGAGAAUGGAAUCCCUGCAAAGAUUGCCAGUGCUAAUAUGGAUGGUUCCAAUGCUAGAAUCCUCUUCACUAAUAACUUGGAUCAUGUUGAGUUUAUUACUAUUGACAUCAAGGAACGGAAAUUGUACUGGUCCAUUUCUAGUACUGGUAUGAUUGAACGAGGUGAUCUAAAUGGUUUAAACCGAGUGACCAUAGUCAGCCACCUUUCUCAUCCUUGGGGAAUAGCCAUAUACGAGAACUUCCUUUACUACACAGAUAAUGAUUAUGAAGUCAUUGAACGUGUGGACAAGACCACUGGUGAAAAUGCAGUUGUGAUGAGGAAUAAUAUCGCCGGGCUGAUGUCCCUCAAAGUCCACUUCCGAGACAAAUCAGCUGGUUCCUCCAAUGGCUGUAGUAACAACUUUGGAGCAUGUGAACAACUCUGCCUUCCCCGACCCAAUGGAGCGUACACUUGUGCUUGUACUACAGGCUACCGCAGGAAUCCAGAUAACAGGACCUGCUCAUCAUUUGAAUCAUUUGUGAUUGUAUCUCAGUUGAAUAUUAUCCGAGGUUUCAACCUGAAUGAGAACGACCAUUCAGAAGCCAUGGUACCAGUGGGUGGUUUAGGUCGUUUUGCUCUACAUGUGGACGUGCACAUAUCUCCAGGAUUUAUUUACUGGUGUGACUACAGUAGCAUACCUCAAAGGAAUGCUAUCCGAAGAAUUAAACCUGAUGGAUCUUCCUUUCAAACCAUUGUAGCUUCAGGAAUUGGUCAGAAUGGUAUUAGGGGAAUUGCUGUGGAUUGGGUGGCAGGCAACCUGUAUUUCACAAAUGCUUUCCUAACUGAAACUUACAUUGAAAUCAUCUGCUUGAACACUACCUUUCGUAGAGUGCUCAUCAAAACCCAAGUAGAUCAGCCUAGGCACAUUGUCGUAAAUCCAAAACUCCGAUACAUCUUCUGGGCUGACUACGGGCAGCAUCCCAAAAUUGAGCGAGCUUUCCUUGAUGGCUCCAACAGAACAAUCUUGUUGGAUGAUGGUAUUGUUAUGCCAAGAGGUCUGACUAUUGACUAUACAAAUAACUACAUCUACUGGAUUGAUGACUCUCUUGACCUGAUUGCUAGGGUCUCACCUGAUGGUGAUGAACAUCAAAUAAUUCGCUAUGGUAGCCGCUAUCCAACUCCAUUUGGAAUCACCAUCUUUGAAAACAGCAUGAUUUGGGUAGACAGAAACUUGAAGAAGGUUUUGCGUGCAAGUAAAGAACCUGGCAAUGUGGAUCAACCUUCUGUUAUUCGAGACAACUUAAACUUGUUAAGGGAUGUGGUUAUGUUUGAUAAAAAGAUUCAACCAACGUUACCCCAAGAAGUUAACAAUAAUCCCUGUUUGGAGCUCAAUGGAGAAUGUACCCAAUUUUGUUUUGCAUUGCCGGGUUUACAAAUGCCAAAAUGUGGAUGUGCUCAUGGCAGCCUGGAUGCUGAUGGCAAACAGUGUACAAUCAAUACUAAUAAUUAUUUGAUCUAUGCAACAGAAAGCUCUAUUCGUAGCCUUCACUUGGAUAUCACUGAACACAAGUUACCUUUCCCCACAGUCAGUGUAGGGCAGACCGCAGUAGCACUCGACUAUGACAUCAUUGAUAAAAGAAUUUAUUUCACACAAAGCCUUGGCCUUGGACGUAGCAAAAUCAGCUAUGUCAGUCUUGAUGAAAAUUCUGCUUCUCCUACGCUUGUGGUGACAGGAUUAAGUUCUCCUGAUGGAAUUGCCUAUGACUGGAUUAACAGAAGGAUUUAUUAUAGUGAUUAUUUGAACCAGACGAUCAACUCCAUAAGUAUUAAUGGCAGUGAUCGCACGAUCAUUGCAAAUGUUCCAAGGCCACGAGCUAUUGUGCUGGAUCCUUGCAGAGGGUAUAUGUUUUGGACUGAUUGGGGAACCAAUCCUAAAAUAGAACGAGCAACACUUGGAGGAAGCUUUCGUUUGGCAAUUAUAAAUAGCAGCCUAGUAUGGCCGAAUGGACUGACAAUGGACUCUGAACAUCAGAAGCUCUAUUGGGCUGAUGCUUCUCUACGGAAGAUUGAACGCAGUAGUCUUACGGGUACAGACCGUGAGGUAAUUGUUAGCACUGCAAUUUACCCAUUUGCAGUGACCAUCUAUGAUGAAUAUCUCUACUGGACAGACUGGAACACAAGAAGCAUCUACCGGGUCAAUAAAUAUGAUGGGUCAGAUCAAACCGUGAUGAUUCAAAAUCUUCCAGAUCGUCCAAUGGAUAUCCAUGUCAUGUCAGACAAGAAGCAGCAGCAAUGCAGUAAUCCAUGUGAUCAAUUUAAUGGAGGGUGCAGUCACAUCUGUACUCCAGGGCCCCAUGGUCCAGAAUGCCAGUGCCCUGCCCAUGGUAAUUGGCGCCUGGUUAAUGACAAUAAAGAUUGUGUUUCCUCUGAUACUGCUGCAUGUGGAACUGGCUACUUCACUUGCUUGAAUGGUCGUUGUAUUCUAGAGAGGUGGAAAUGUGAUACUGAUAAUGACUGUGGAGAUCAGAGUGAUGAAACAGAAAGAGUUUGUGCUUUCCAUACCUGUCCAGCAACUGCUUUCACUUGUGCUAAUGGCAGGUGCACGCCAUAUAGGUAUCGCUGUGACCAUUAUAAUGAUUGUGGGGAUAAUAGCGAUGAAGCCGGCUGCUUGUUCCAUACAUGUGAACCCAGUUCUGAAUUCUCUUGUAAUAAUGGAAGAUGUAUCAGAAUCAGCUCUGUUUGCAAUGGGGUGAAUGACUGCCACGAUAAUGGAACUUCAGAUGAGAGAAGCUGCCCUCAUCGGACCUGCCAGCCUGGAUACGCAAAAUGUGAAACAACAAACAUUUGUAUUCUUCGCACUUACCUUUGUGACGGAGAUGAUGAUUGUGGAGACAUGAGCGAUGAGAGCUCUACCCACUGCGCUACUGGAACUUGCGCAGAGAAUGAAUUCCGCUGCACAUCUGGACGCUGUAUUCCAGGACAUUGGUACUGUGAUGGAGGAAUGGAUUGUGCUGAUGGGUCUGAUGAACCAGUUACUUGUACUCCUGAAAAGGUAACUUGUUCAGACCAGCAGUUCAAAUGUGAUGAUGGCAGAUGUAUCCCUUCCUCUUGGAUAUGUGAUGGUGAUAAUGACUGUGGGGACAUGAGUGAUGAAGAUCAAAGACAUAACUGCGCAAGCCGUAAUUGUUCUGGUACAGAUUUUACAUGUGUGAACAGCCAUCCUCCACAAAGAAGGUGCAUCCCUUGGGCAUGGGUCUGUGAUGGAGAUUCUGACUGUUCUGAUGCUUUAGAUGAAGAUCAGAAUUGCACAAGAAGAUCCUGCCCGGGGACAGAAUUUGCAUGUGAUAAUGGCUUGUGUGUCAGGAGUUCAUACAGGUGCGACCAUAGGAAUGACUGUGGAGAUGCUAGUGAUGAGCGAGGAUGUUCUUACCAGUCUUGUGCCCAGCACCAGUUUACCUGUCAGAAUGGUCGCUGCAUUUCACAGUUAUGGGUCUGUGAUGGUGGUAAUGAUUGUGGAGAUGGAUCUGAUGAGAUUGAACAUCAGUGUCUGACCUCUGAGCCAACAUGUCCUCCACAACAUUUUGAAUGCAACAAUGGAGCUUGUAUUGAAAGUGCCAAGGUGUGCAACCAAGUGGAUGAUUGUUCAGAUAAUAGCGAUGAGAAAACAUGUGGUGUUGAUGAGUGCAGUAAUCCUGAGUUGAAUCACUGCACACAGAUCUGCACCAAUACGUUGAUAAGUUUCUUCUGCUCUUGUCAUCCUGGGUACCAUCUCAUGGAUGAUGGACAGACUUGUGAAGACCUUGAUGAAUGCAAUGAAACACCAAGUGUUUGUAGCCAGAUUUGUGAAAACACAGAGGGUUCAUACAUUUGCAAAUGUGCCCCGGGUCAUCUUCGAGAACCUGAUGGAAAAAGUUGCCGCCAGAACAGUAAUAUUACCCCUUAUAUCCUCUUCAGCAAUCGCUACUACAUACGUAAUUUUUCUCUUGAUGGGAAAUCUUAUACUCUUGUUCAACAAGGGUUGACAAAUGUUGGGGCAAUGGACUUUGAUAGAGUGGAGCAAAGAUUGUACUGGAUUGAUAUGGGGCGAAGAGUUAUGGAGCGAAUGUUCUUGAAUGAAACCGUAAAGGAGACUGUCAUUAACUAUGAUCUGCUAGGGGCAGAAGGUCUAGCUGUUGAUUGGGUUGGAAGGAAACUGUACUGGGUUGAUCAUUUUAAAAAUUGCCUUAAUGUUGCUGAACUUGAUGGACGAUUUCGUAAAAAGCUGGCUGAGCACUGUCUGGAUACAAAUGGCAUCUACUGUUUUGAGAACCCACGCGCCAUUGUGGUUUAUCCAAAAUAUGGAUAUGUUUUCUGGACUGACUGGGGUGAUCAAGCCUACAUUGGUCGCAUGGGUAUGGAUGGUAGAAAUAUAUCAGCCAUCAUUACCUCAAAAUUGGAAUGGCCCAAUGGAUUGACCAUUGACUACACAAACGACAAACUGUAUUGGACUGAUGCCCAUCUGAAUUAUAUUGAAUUCUCCAAUCUGGAUGGAAGCCAUCGGCAUACAGUACUUGACGGGACCCUGAGCCAUCCAUUUGCUAUUAGCCUGUUUGAGGAUACGAUAUAUUGGACUGAUUGGAACACAAAGUCAGUGGAGAAGGCAAAUAAAUACACAGGGGAAAAUAGAGUGUGUUUGGUGAACAUCACCCAUACACCCAUUGAUAUCCUUGUAUAUCAUCCAUACAGACAACCAAUAGCAAUCAAUCCUUGUGGCACAAAUAAUGGUGGCUGCUCCCAUCUGUGUCUGAUAGCAAAAGGUGGUCAAAGCUAUACAUGUGAAUGUCCAGAUAACUUCGUGAGGCAGAUGGGCAGUACCUCUCACUGUCUCCCCAUGUGCACAAGUACACAGUACAGAUGUCUAGACAAUGAAAGGUGUAUUCCAAUCUGGUGGAAAUGUGAUGGACAAAGAGAUUGCAGAGAUGGCUCAGAUGAACCCACCACCUGUCCACCCCGCUACUGUAAACUUGGACAAUUUCAAUGUAAUGAUGGUAACUGUACCAGUUCCAACUUCUUGUGCAAUGCCUUUCAGGACUGUGCAGAUGGAUCUGAUGAAGACAUUGCUCUUUGUGUGAGUCACCAGUGUGAGAGCUACCAGUGGCAGUGUGCUAACAAGCAUUGUAUUCCUGAAGCCUGGCAAUGUGAUGGGGAGAAUGACUGCACAGAUAACUCUGAUGAAGAUCCUGCUUCCUGUGCUUCUAGAACCUGUCAUCCUGGCCAAUUUAAAUGCAAUAAUGGCCGUUGCAUUCCACAAUCCUGGAAAUGUGAUGUAGAUGAUGAUUGUGGAGAUUAUUCUGAUGAGCCUUACGAGGAAUGCCAUGGACCUGACUAUACCUGUGACAACCAUACUGAGUUUUCCUGUAGAACAAACUACCGUUGUGUUCCUAAAUGGGCUGUUUGCAACGGCAACAAUGACUGUCGGGACAACAGUGAUGAGCAGAACUGUGAGAAUCUUUCUUGUAACCCAAGUGGUGAUUUCCGUUGUGACAAUCAUCGCUGUAUCCCACUGCGCUGGAAGUGUGAUGAUGAAAAUGACUGUGGAGAUGAUUCUGAUGAGCGCGACUGCAGUCCUCGUGCAUGCACUGAAAGUGAAUAUCACUGUGAUAACCUCCACUGUAUUCCCGGGCACUGGGUGUGUGACCAUGAUAAUGACUGUGAAGAUAAUUCAGAUGAACGAGACUGUGAGCUGCUAACAUGCCUUCCUGGAUAUUUUGAAUGUUCUAGUGGUCACUGCAUUCCAGAAAGUUUCAAAUGUGAUGGAAGUGCUGAGUGUGCAGAUUUCUCAGAUGAAAUCACCUGCCCAACUCGUUACCCCAAUGGAACCUAUUGUCCACCCUUUAUGUUUGAAUGCAAGAAUCAUGUCUGCAUCCAGCCAUACUGGAAGUGCGAUGGAGAUAACGACUGUGGAGAUGGAUCUGAUGAAGAGCUCCAACAUUGCUUGGACAUCCCUUGUGACUCUCCUUUUCGUUUCCGUUGCGAUAAUAAUCGAUGCUUAUACAUACAUGAGUUGUGCAAUGAAAUAGAUGACUGUGGAGAUGGAAGUGAUGAAAAAGAAGAAAACUGUAAGGCACCUACCUCUCAUCCUUGCACAACUGAGGAAUACAAAUGUGGGAAUGGAACCUGCAUUCCUAACCUCCAUGUCUGUGAUAAUUAUGCUCAUUGUGAAGACAAAUCCGAUGAGUUGGGCUGCAACCGUAAUACGGAACGAUCUUGUGCAGAAAAGCUCUGUGAACAGAAUUGUACAGAUCUAAUGGGUGGAGGUUUCAUCUGCUUUUGUAGACCUGGAUACAAAGCAAAUGAGGCUGAUGCAAAUGCCUGUGAUGAUGUCAAUGAGUGUGAAAUUUUUGGCACCUGUCCUCACAUUUGUAAAAACAGCAAAGGAAGCUAUGAAUGUUUCUGUGCUGAGGGAUUUCAACCUGUUAUUGGGGAGCAUGAGACUCAGUGUGCUGCAACAGGGGAUCCUCCUAUCUUGCUAUUGCCAGACAAUGUACGAAUUCGGCGGUACAGUACCACAUUUGAACAAUACACUGACUACAUUGAUCAUGAAGAGAACAUCAAAGCCAUUGACUAUAUCUGGGAUACAGAAGAUCCGGAUCUCAGUGUUGUGUACUGGACGGUCCUGGGACAUGGCUCAAACCCCGGCUCCAUAAAACGGGCAUUUCUCACAAGAUUUGACGACAAGGGAAGCAAUCCAACAGUAGCAGUGGACUUAAGUUUGAAAUAUAUAGUGACACCUGAUGGCAUUGCCGUGGACUGGGUUGGAAAGCAUAUUUAUUGGACUGACUCCAGCACAAGCAGAAUUGAGGUGGCAAAGCUAGAUGGGAGAUACAGGAAAUGGCUGAUUUAUUCACUUCUAGACCAACCAGCUGCUAUAUCUGUAAACCCUAGACUUGGGCUGUUCUACUGGACAGACUGGGGCAUUCAUCCCAAGAUAGAGUGUGCCUGGAUGGAUGGACAGCACCGGCAGGUGUUGGUUAAUAGAGACCUGGGCUGGCCUACAGGCCUCACCAUAGAUUAUCUCAACGGUGACAGAAUCUAUUGGAGUGAUUCCAAAGAGAACCUCAUAGAGUCUAUGAAGUUUGAUGGGACUGACAGAAUACUGGUUAUUAAUGGAGACCUAGGUAACCCAUUUAGCCUGGAUGUUUUUGAAAAUCAUUUGUACUGGACAUCGAAAGGGAGUGGUGAAGUAUGGAAACAAGAUAAAUUUGGAAAUGGACAGAAGGUUAAGAUAAUGACAGUAAACCCAUGGCUAACUCAAGCUAGAAUUUAUCAGGAGAAUCGUUACAAUCACUCAGUGCCUAAUCCUUGCAAGAAUGUCUGUAGUCAUCUGUGUUUGCUCAGACCGGGAGGCUACACUUGUGCUUGUCCUCAGGGUAGUCACUUUCAAGACAGCAGUCGUUCUGAGUGUGACGCAGCAAUUGAGCCAGAACAAACCAUGCCACCUGCUUGCAAGUGUAGGAAUGAAGGAAUAUGUUAUUUUGAAGCAAAUAGCACAAAGUGCACAUGUCCUUAUGGAUAUACAGGAAGCUAUUGUCAAUUUGCAAAAUCCCAGGGAUCACGUCAUUCAACGGCAACAUUAGUCUUAUUAGCCAUUGUUAUCAUCCUAAUUCUGGGAGCACUGGCUGCUGCAGGAGCAUUCUUGAAUUACAGGCGCACAGGCUCAAUUCUGCCUCCUUUCCCUAAGCUUUCAAGCUUAAGCAGUUUUGUCAAACCCAAUGGAAAUGGUGUAACGUUUAGAUCUGGAAUGGAUGGUGGAGUAGACAGUGGUGCUUCUGCCAUUGACAUAGAUUCUGCUAUUGACGGAGCAAUGCAGAUGAAUGAAAACUUCGUAGCUGAGGCAGGAAAGCAACCAGUUACAUUCGAAAAUCCCAUGUUUGGAUCAAAGGGCAUUGUUUUCAGUGAACCUCCUGCAGUUGAGCAAGCAGCGGUUAUGGUGACAGUUGGUGGUGAAACAAAUGGCAGCAGCUAUGACAAUCCUAUCUAUACAUCCAUGCCUCCAUUUGUGGACAAACCUAUUGCAAUCAAAUCACAAGCUCAGGAAUCAAGGUGGAAUUUUUUCAAACGAAAACCCAAACAAGGCACACAUUUUGAAAACCCUGUAUAUGCAGAGAGCCAAAAACAGCAACAGGCAAAUAAUCCACUUGGCGAAACCUCUGCCACUUCUCAUACUUUUGAAUUACCUCCAAGUAAGUCACAUUCAAAAAAAGAUGAGCCUUUAACAUUCAGUCCAACAGAGAAUACUUUCAAAGAUACAGCAGCUCUUGUCAAAGAGGAUUCGGAUGCAUAAUUCAGUACAUAACUGGAGAAAAAGAGAUUGCCUUUCCUAUGGUACAUUAUAUUUUUAUACACAGCCAGAAUAUUUGGAUAUGUCAGAAAUAUUUAGGUGCAAGAAACCUGUUAAAUAAUUAGUGUGAGCCUAUAGCUGUUUUAAGAAGUAGUCUGUCUGUUCCUUUCCCGUCAGUAAUAUUAUAUGCCAUCUUUUAUCAUUUUGCUUUUUGUUUGUGAAGACUUUUUUAAUCCAGAGGUUCUUUAUGUAUUUCUUUGCACUCGAUGUGUAUAAGUAUGAGAUAUGUAAUGUUAUAAAUAUGUGUAUAUUUGUAAAUUUUUAAGAGAUUAUGUCAAUAAUUUUGUCAUGGGUAAAGCUGAUUUAUAUUGAAGGUUGAAGUUUGUGGAAAUCUGAAGAUUAAGCUUACACCACUGAUUUCAAUUUUGGACAGGCAAUUCUAAAUGUGAGAACUACUGACCUUGCUGUGUGAAGGAAUUUGAUAAAACCAAUAUGGCUAAAAGCAUAUAAAAAAAUAAAAUGAGUACACUGGAGUUCUUUUUGAAAUAUUAAACACAGUGAAACCUGUAUUAAAUAGUCUCUUGUCAAACCAGCUGUAACAGCUGGUUGUAGAAAGCUUAAUGUGUGAUCUCAAUACACCCUGUUCCACAUAAUCAAAAAAAAUCAUUUAUUUAAAAAAAGGACUGGGAUUGGGAAUAAAGCAUUGAUAAAGAUUUUCAGUUGCAAUAUUGUUUUAUGCCGUUACUUCUCUAAAUUAACCUUCAGAAAUGUUUACAAUUUCAUUUUUUUCUUUUUAUUAGUUAUAAAUUUAGCAGGCUGUUCAUGUGCUGAGAGCAAGGUUUAACAGUUUGAGGGGAAAGUACUUGAGGGCAUUAAUGAGAUAUGCAGAAAAUUGGCAAUGGUUGUAUUUAUGGGAGAAGCCUACAAAAUCCUAUAAAGUCUAUAAAAAUCUAUAAAGCCGAUAAAGUAAUCUCAUAGGCCGAAAACAUCACAGCUGUUAUUUAAUAUUUAUGCUUUACUGUAUAGAGAUGAUGCAGAAACACAUUUAAAAAAUAAUAUCUCAUUGAGAAAACCAUUCCAAGUGCAAUCUAGUUUUUUUAAAAAUAAUGAAUAAAACAUAUGAAUUAGGAACAGAAGAAGGCUACUCAGCCCCUCUCACCUGCUCUGCCAGUCAACAUGGCUAAUCUAGUUAGAAACACAAAUCUGCAUUCCUGCUGACCCUUAGUAACUUUUGAUCCCCUUGUUUAUAAAGAAUCUUUAUACAUCCGUUUUGAAGUACUCAAAAACAUUACUUCCACCACCCUUUGAGGAAGAGAGUUCAAGGGCUUGUAAAUCUAUGGGGGUGGGGGUGGGAGUGGUAAUCACCUUAACUCUGCCUUAAAUGAGUAACCCAUGUUUUUAAACAGUGACCUCUUGUUCAGGAUCCCCUCACAGAGGAAUCAUUCUCUCCAUAUCCACCCUGUCAAGACUCCUCAAAUCAAUCAAGUCAAGCCUCUCAACAUUUUCUCUUAAAACAAUUGUUCCAUUCCAGGUAUCAGUCUGGUUAACAUUGCAACAGAUAUAAUCAUAUCCAUUGACUUAAAUAGAACCCUGACCCCUUUCAAUUAAAUGACACCAGAAAGUUUCUUGGUACCAGGACACACGAGUAGGAAUUUGUCCUCUUUUGCAUGAAAUCUGCAUUGUAAUAAUGUUUAUGCAUUGAAUUCUACUUCUGAAAUCCAGGGAACAGAAUUUCAGAAGUGGAGUUCAAUGUGCUUUGUUGCUACAGUGUGUGCUUAGGGGAUACAAAUUAGGAGUGAGGAGAACAGCUACGGAAAAGAUCCUCAGAACAUUGAAGCUAUCAAACAAAUUAUUUCAUUCUGCUUUGUUCAUGAAUGUGAGCAAACAUAUUAGAACAUAGAACAUUACAGCACAGUACAGGCCCUACGGCCCACGAUGUUGUGCUGAUAUUUUAUCUUGCUCUAAUAUCUAUCUAACCCUUCCCUCCCACAUAGCCCUCCAUUUUUCUAUCAUUCGUGUGGCUAUCUAAGAGUUUCUUAAAUGUCCCUAAUGUACCUGCUCCCACAACCUCUGCCGGCAGUGCGUUCCACGCACCCACCACUCUCUGUGUAAAAAAACUUACCUCUGACAUUCCCCUUAUACCUUCCUCCAAUCACCUUAAAAUUAUGCCCCCUUGUGUUAGCCGUUGUCGCCCUGGGAAAAAGUCUCUGACUGUCCACUUGAUCUAUGCCUCUUAUCAUCCUGUAGACCUCUAUCAAGUCUCAAAUAUUAGUUUGAGUAUAAAAAGCAUCUUAAAUGAUUGAUUUAUCUGCUCUCUUUAACAAAAGGAGAAAAGAUGCCCAGAUAUCAGGUUUUCCUUUAAUUACAAUUACCUGCACAGUAAGUUGAAGGCAAUUAAAAAAAUUGAAAAGCAGUACUAAUUGAUAAUGAUAGAUGCAGUGACUGCUGAUACAGAUUACACUGUGAAUAUAUACCUCACAUGAUCAAUUCUAAACUGAUUGGACCCAGAAAUGAUAUGCUAUCCUAUCCUUCAGUCUUCAAGGAAUAAUUGGGAUGACCGUUCAUCUUGGCUUACUUCACACUGAAGGACAUUUCCAAUGGUCAUUGUCCUAUGAAUGGCCUAGACUAGCUGCCUAAAUUUAUUGGUUAAAGGCCUGCACAUCUACUCACUAUUGAUUGUACUUAAUGUGAUUAUAAUUUUAUAUAUUUUAUGCCAUAAGAAAUUGUAGAAUCCUUUGUAUGUUAAUUAUAAUGGAUGAUUUCUAAUUAGAGUGGAAGUUAUAUUGUAUGAUGAUUAGAAAAAGAAAUCUGUCACUGAAGAAAAUCUACUGCUGAAUAAAUCAAAUAAAGUGCAUUAUUUUAUCA